AUGAAGGAAAGCCUGCCAGAGAAGAACUACUGGGGGGCCUCCACCAGCCUCCACGCCCCCAUGGGACACCCAGACCGCUUUUGCAGGGCCUCCCGGGAAUGGCGGGACCCGGAGCACCAGCGAGGCGGCGGCUUCGAGGGCAGCCGGCGCCUGGCUUGCGCCCAGGAGCCCCUGCCCAGUUUCAACCUCUCCUCCUCCAGCAGCGACGAGGGACGCGAGGGCCAGUGGGAUCUCUCCUGCGUCUCCCGCUGGGGGGCGGCGGGGGGCCCUUCGGAGCUGCCCCAGCACAAAGCCCCCCGGGGCAAGUUUGCCAGGAGCGGGGGCCACGCCUGGCCAUUCGAGGUGGCCACCGGCGCUCCGGCCAGAAGGCCGGGCACCUCCAGACACUACUGUUUCCGCCGUAAGCGACAGCGGGCUCUGCGCGCCUUCCGGAUGCUCCUGUAUUCGAAGAGCUCCUCUCUGGCUUUCCACUGGAAGCUGUGGGGCAAGAUGGCGGCCAAGGGGCGCCGGCGAGGAGGGGCCAAGCGGGCCCAGUCGUCCAUGUCCCUGUCCCCCGGCUCCCAGCCCGACGACGACCACCUUCCCACCGUCUUUAAGAAAAGCUGCCCGUUGGGAGCAGAGACAGAGGACUGCCCGAGCGCGGCCAAGGGCCGUCUCCGCUCUGCUGGCUGCAGGCCUCCCUCGUCUGAGCCCCGCCUGGACUACGAAUUGGGGGGAGCCUUCCCCCCGUCUCCCUCCACGCCUCAGCACUCCCGCCUCAACUUGCUGGGGGCCCUGAUGGAAGAGGCCUCCCCCUUCCCCCACUACAUGGAGGUCCAGCGGGCGGGCUUCGACCAGGACGCUGGCGCGAUGGAGCUGGAGGAGGAGGAAGAGCCGGCCCCUCCCCUCAAGUACCCAGCCCGGGGGUCCCAGGUGUCCCCCAGGAGUAGGAAGAUGGGAGAGCCGCAGCACGGCCUGGACGGAGAUGGAGAUGCUCUGGAUGCCCUUCCCAACGGCUUCGCUUCCCUCCCUCCGGACGGCGACCUCUGCUCCCUGCCCGGCGUGCCGGACGCCACCAUCCUCAUCAGCAACGUCUGCAGCAUCGGAGGCCACGUGGCCGAGGAGCUUUUCCAAGGGCCCCGAGACAAGGACCGGCUGCCGGAGCCCCCGUCCGUCCGGGGGGAAGUUGGGAGCCAGCCGGCCGAGGCGGCUCCGGAGGAGGCGGAAGAGCGGCCGGGCGAGAACGCGGCUCAGCCCGGCCUGCUGCGGGAAGAACACAUCACCUGCGUGCACAGUAAGCGGAGCGGGCGUGUCAUGAACAUGUACGGGGACCUCGUGAUGGACACGGUGCCGGAAAAGGUCCACUUUUUCAACAGUUUUUUCUACGAUAAGCUACGAACCAAGGGGUACGAGGGCGUGAAGCGUUGGACCAAAAAUGUGGACAUUUUCAACAAGGAGAUCCUCCUGAUCCCCAUCCACCUGGAGGUCCACUGGUCGCUGCUCUGCGUGGAGGUGAAGCAGAAAAAGAUCACCUACCUGGACUCCCAGCGCACCCUCAACCGGCGCUGUCCCAAGCACAUCUGCAAGUACCUGCAAGCCGAAGCGGAUAAGAAGAAUCGUCCUGACUUCCGAGACGGCUGGAGAGGGGUUUUCCAGAUGUAUUCCAAAUUCCUGGCCCUGGGCCUGCCCUUCGCCUUCACCCAGCAAGACAUGCCGAAACUCCGCCGACAGAUGUACAAGGAGCUCUGCCACUGCAAACUCAUUGCAUGA